UGCUUCCCUGCCCCCCUCUGCAGCCCGGCCCUGCGCUGAGCAGGAGCUGCACACGUACAUCUGUUUGCUUGAGCUGCGAGGCCGUGGCCUCUUGCUGCUGGCAACAGAUGCUUUUGAUGCUUAGGUUUCUAACGCAGUGCUGGAGAUGCUUUCCUAGGUGCAUAUUAAGUGCCAGCUGGAAGGGCUGGCCCUGCUCCUCCUGUAGGCACAUUCUCCUGUUGCUCCCCUUGUGCUUGCCCAGUGCCUUUCUGGUCUCUGCAGGAGUUCUAUCUGGGUGGGAUGCGGUCUGCUCAUCCCUGGAGCCCCCAGGUUCUCAAAGAGCCCCAUCCUCCAGCCCUGCUGUCCCACUGUGCAGGAGCAGAGCAGCUGCCUGGAAAACCUGCUCUUGGGAGCUGAGGGUUUGGCUGCUUCAUCCUGAGGCCAGAUGACGAUGAUGAUGAUGAUGAUGCAGGUGCUGGGACUGCAUCCUGCAUGUUUUGCUGUGAGCACCCAGAUAGGCCGAGUGCUGUUGUAACAAGGCUGUGUAAUCUUGCGAGAUCCAAACCCAGAGGCAAUGUGACUUGCAAAUCAGGGUGUGGGUGUCAUCUGCAAAUUCCCUGCAGCAGGGCAGGGUGAGAUGGGACGUGAGAUGGGCCCUGUGUUCAGGUCCUCCUUUCACUCUGUCAUUUUGCACCUAAAUUACUGGCUUUGGAGGAGAGUUCAGAUCGAGAUCAGAUGGCUGUCUCUGAAGUGUUGGAAUUGCAGACCCAGGAGUCGGAUUUUCUGUGCUGAAGGUGCAGGUAUCACAAAAUGCAGACACUUCAGGAUCAAUGCUGGUUGUCCCUGCAGCUGGGUGUGAGCUCUGCAAUAGGAAGAGACAGAGACAGCAGAAUGUGUGAAGGGCCAUCCAAGAUUUCUGGACCCAUUCCUCCAGACCCUACGCUCUUCCCAAACUAUUACAGACGCCCUUUCUCAGCUCGAGGGAGGCUGGAAGGCAAUGCUCAGCAGUUGGAUUUUACCUCUCGCCCCACGGACUCAGCUCCCAGCUCACCCCGUGCUUUGAGAGGUGCCCACCAGCCCCAGCCAGCGCCUCGCAUCCGCCCCAGCGGAAGGGACUUUUUGGAGAAGGGGCAGAAGGGGACGCUCGGCCUCCUGCUGCAGCUCGAUGGGCUCUCUCUCGGUGGGGGUCUGCCAGCAAAGAGGAAAGAGUCCAAGGACCACGAGAAGGAAAACGUGAGGCGAAUAAAGGAGAUUCAGAAGAAAUGCAAAGAGAGGGAGCGGGCCCAGGAGCACAGCCAGCCCAAACCUGUGAAAGCUCUGUGGAAAUCCCAGAAAUACGAAAACGUGGAGUCAAAGGUGAAGGCCAGACUGCAGGAGAGCUCUCCACCUCCAAACCCAGAGGCUGUGAAUUUCCUGCGGGCGUACUCUCGCUGCGGCCCUGGGAUCAGGCCAGGCAGACCUCUGUCCCCAAGACCUGCCAGCAUGAAGGCAGGAACAGGCACCGAGGCUCUGCAGACGCUGGCUGCUGAAACCAAGUUGCAGGUGGAGGGCAAUAGCAUUGACUUCAUCAAGCACAACGCUCGCAAUGCCAAGCGGGCCCCGCUGCGGCGCUCCCAGUCCCUGCAGGCCCUGGCUGAGCUGCUGGGACAGAAGCAGCGGGAGCAGGAGGAGUACAACGCCAAGCAGAAGGGCCACGUCCCCCAGUACCUGCUGGAGAGGAAGGAGCAGUGGCGCAGGCAGAUGGAGGAGCAGCUGCGAAGCCGGCCGGAUCCUGACACGCCGCCUGGCCACACCAUGAUGCCUGAGGGCCAGAGGCUGGAGAUGCUCGGCAGCCUGAAGCAGAGCCAGGAGCAGCUGAUAAAGGACCUGGUGAUGCUGCCGAUGCGUGCAGACACCCUCAGCAUUCAGAAUAGGCGAGUAGAGCUCGAGAGGAAGCUCUCCCAGAUUGAAGAGGCACUCAAAAUUUUCUCCAGGCCCAAAGUCUUCAUCAAGCUGGACUCCUGAGCCCAUGGGGCUGCAUGCAGUGUGCUGCUCUGCGUGAGCAUCCCAGGGAAGGGAAGGAGAGGAAGACAAUCGAGGACCCUGCACCCGUAGUGGUGUCAGUACUGUGUCCAACACGCAGUUGGCACCUCUUGCUCCCAGGGCACAUCCAGGGAGAUGGGAGGGAGAGGAGCUAAUUGACUCUGCUGUGCAGUGUGGAGAACAGUUGUCCCUGUGCUGGUUGACUUCUCACAGAGAUCAGCUCUCUGCUUGGAAUUGAUGGCACAGAUCUCGUGGCUUCUUAUUUUUCCAUUUCUAGAAACUGACAGGAGGUCCCCCGUGCUGCUGCUCUGCUGUUGGUUGUCCUUCUCUUUCCCCCAGGGCACUGCAGGCUUCGCUGCACACAGGGCCUUUGCUCUGGGCUCUGUGCUGACCCAUCCCAAGCACGCAGCCGGUGCCUUUGUCCCCUCCGUCCUGCUGCGUGCGCUCCGUAGCUCAAGGACAGCAAAAAGGCACAGAGCUCCAGUGCUUCCUGCUCAGAGAAGGGCUGGGGUGGAAGCAGGGGAAGCUGGUGAGGUGUCUGGAGCUGUUGUUGUCUGUGGGGUGGGAUGCACUUCAAUAAAGUUGUAGUUUUCCUC